ACAAAUCCACUCCAUGUUUCUAUUUAAAUAUGUAGGAGAUGGAAGCAGAAAAACUCAAAAAGAAAACAUAUAAAGAUGGAAAACUCAAGCUAUAGCUCUAAUCCACACGUCACACUGGAAGUCAGAGAAGAAAACCCAUACCCAUCACAUGUUUGUGCCCCCAAUUUUCUUUCCUUCAAGCUGAGUGAUAGGGAUGAGUAUGGUAUUUGGAAAACACAGAUGCUAUGUCUGUUACAGAGUCAUGAUAUGCUUGGUUUCAUUUAUGGAACACUCGUAAGCCCUUAUGAAGCCAGCAGUAGUAGUAGUAGUGUUUCUGGGAAGGAGAAAGUGGUUGACUAUCAGACUCAUCACAAGCUGUGGAGAAGAUCUGAUGCCCUUGUGAAGGGUUGGAUUCUUGGUUCCCUCUCUAAAGAAACACUUGGGUAUGUUCUGGAACGUCUCACAGGAAAACACUAUCAAGAAGAUUUCAGUGCAAAAAAUGUUUGGGAUGAACUGCAGACUAUGUACCUUGUUGCUGUUCUUCCACAGCUUCCUCCUUUUGGUGAAGCUAAUUGGAAUGGGGUGGAAGAGAUAUUGAGGCAGGAAAGGGUUACAGUGAUGGACAAAAUCAGCAAUAAUGGCAACACCACGCUCCAUGUAGCAGUCGGCACUUCCAAGGACGGGAAAUUCUUUGAGAAAUUGUUGGAAAAAAUACCGCAGAACACACAACUAAUAGAUGUGACAAAUUCAGAUGGAAGCACGCUGCUUCAUGUCGCUGCCAUUAUUGGCAACACUGAAGCUGCUGACAUCUUGGUGGAAAUAAACCCAGAUUUGUUGUUGGCCAAGGAUAAGGAGGGUCAGACACCACUGGCGUUGGCUCUUUCUAAUAUGCAUACAGAGACAGCUCGACAUCUGCUGCAACACGUCAAUACAGAUAUACAGAAGAAUGCUCUGUUUUCUGGCACAACUAGUGAUGAGCUUCUAGUUAGUGUUAUUUCCUCUAAAGAUUUUUGCUUUGCAAGAGAACUGUUGACGUAUUACACAACAUUGCAUUCUGAUACUGUGCUGAUGGCUAUAGCUCAAAAUUUCCCAAAACUCAACAGAUUUCUAAAAUAUAUAGACACCACUUUUUAUAUUGAAGGGUCCUAUGAACGAUUUGAGAUGGUUUACAAAAGUUACAAAGCCUCAUCGCAAAGACAACUUGGCACAGUGCUUGAGCCUUACCUCAGAAUUCUUAUGAUGUUAGAGAGGGUUAGAAAUCAUAAAGAUGCUAUGAAACUGUUGGUGGAUGUAAUUACGUUGAUUAGGGAAAAAAAUCACCCCAGCUCUUACCAUCAGUAUUACACGAAUCCAAUUCUUGAAGCCACUAGACAAGAUGCACAUGAGCUUGUAGAAGUUAUUGUCUUUUGGUUCCCUAAUGCAAUUUUGAGUGCCACCGAAGGUGGUCACAACAUUAUCCAGUAUGCUGUAAUAAAUCGCUCAGGAAAGGUUUACAACCUACUUUACCAAAUGAACGAACAUAGGAACAUAUAUCGGACAAUGAAAGACUCUUCUGGGAAUAACCUCUUGCACUUGGCUGCAAGAUUGGCACCUUCCAACAAAUUGAAACUUUUCCCAGGGGCAGCUUCUCAAAUACAACGUGAACUGCAAUGGUUUGAGGUAGUGAAAAGAUUCAUUUGUCCUCUAAGCAUCACACAAAAGAACUCUUUGAACGAAACACCACAAACAAUAUUUACUAGAGAACACAAAGAGUUGAUGAUUGAGGCAGAAAAAUGGAUGAAGUCCACUGUGAAGUCCUACACGAUUACAGCUGCAUUAAUCAUCACCAUUAUGUUUGCUGCAGGUAUUACAGUGCCAGGAGGAAGCAAUCAGGAAACCGGGAUACCAAUUUUUACCAACAACAUCGCCUUUACAGUAUUUGCAAUAUCAGAUGCCAUUUCAUUAUCCGCAGCUUUUACAUCAAUGUUAAUAUUUUUAUCGAUUAUCACGGCACCUUUCUCUGAAAAAGGCUUUCUCCAAGAGUUGCCUCUCAAGUUAAGGAUUGGUUUGUCCACCCUGUUCAUCUCAACAACAGCCAUGAUGGUAGCUUUUGGUGCAACGUUGUACCUUGUGUUUGGCCAAAGGAACAAAUGGAUUCUUAUUCCAAUAGCGGUCUUGGCAUACGAACCAAUCGAUUCUUUUGUGAACCUGCAGUUCCCUGUCAUGUUAGAUUUUAUUAGUACCGCACGUGGUUAUCAAGGUAUUUUGUAAGCAAAAAGAUUUUCCUUUUUAUGAACACUUUUUGCCUGAUAGUAGAAUGAUGAAUAAAUAUAGGUGGAAAGUGGUACAAAAUAAUGUAGUCAUUUAACUUUGUAAAAUGAUAGUUAUUUGAGGUAUUUAGGUUGGAGAAACAGUGAUUGCUGGGUUA